UCAAUCACAUCAAUUGUCUCCGACAUCCACCCGGAAUUAACCGACGAUUUACAUCGCCACAAUCUUUCACCUUCGUCUUCUUCUCCUUCUUCUUCUCCCCCACAUCAAUCACACCACCUUCUUAAAUUAUAUGCCCUUCUGCCUCCGCCCUCAUCAUCAUCGUAGCUUUUCCGCCGCCUCUUUGCUGCUGCUGCUGCUCUCUCUAUAAUUCUCUCUUCGCAGUUGGCAGCCGCCGGCCUCCGGCGGUCGAAGAGGGAAGAAGGCACGGAGAGUAUCAUUGCCUGCCUGUUUACCUGCGUCGAAUUAAAGAGAAAGUAGGGGGGAGCGGGAGAUCGAAUGGCGUCGUCGUGUUCGUCUUCGUCGUCUUCGGUGGUGCAGGUGUCGUCGUCGUCGAGGUCUGCGGCAGCGACGGCUGCGGCGGCGGCGGCGGCGGCGUCUUCGACGAGUUCGCCGUGCGCGGCGUGCAAGUUCUUGCGGCGGAAGUGCCAGCCGGACUGCGUGUUCGCGCCCUACUUCCCGCCGGACCAGCCGCAGAAGUUCGUGCACGUGCACCGGGUGUUCGGCGCCAGCAACGUCACCAAGCUGCUCAACGAGCUGCACCCGCUGCAGCGGGAGGACGCGGUCAACUCGCUCGCCUACGAGGCGGACAUGCGUCUCUUCGACCCCGUCUACGGCUGCGUCCGCGUCAUCUCCAUCCUCCAGCACCAGCUCCGCCAGCUCCAGAUCGACCUCUCCCGCGCCAAGUCCGAGCUCUCCAAGUACCAGUCCGCAGCCGCCGCCGCAGCAGCGGCGGCGGCUGCGGCGGCAGCCUCUUCCCACUCCCCGGCCGCCGCCGCCGCCCAACACCCCUCCUCCUUCCUCGACCACCAAGCCGCCCUCCCCUUCGUCGGCGCAACAACGGGCUUCGACUUCCCGCAAAGCCACCACCACCACCACUACCACAACGCCAGCCACCAGAUCAUGAUGCUGCGCAACCAUCACGCCGACGCGGAUCUACUGGCGGCCAGACUCGGAGACACUGCCAACGGAGCCUACGACGCGGGGCUCGCCGCGGCAAUGAGCGCCUCCGCCUCGCCAGCCACCAUCAGGCUGCUCGGCGGCGGACACUACUCGAGGCCGAGCGCCACCGGCGGCGAUGAGCAUUCGAGCGUCGGAUCCAUGUAACCAUCCUGAAAGGUCGAUUAAACAUCUGGAGCGAGCAUGGUUUGGAAUUGGAAUUCGCUGGAGGGAGUGACAUAGAAAGACAUCCUGACAAAGAACAUGUCCUGGCUUAUCACAUUUAGUCAAACUACAAAGAAGGGAAUUAUCGUCCUUUAAUAUAUCUGCUACAUGAUUUAUAUAA